GCCGUACCUACUCACGCUCUUAGCCUUGCCAUACGUACUACCAGACCUACUAAUCACCACCACCACCACCGCCACCACUCUUCUCGUCAUUGCUUAUAGCGCACCCAACUACUACCGCAAUGGAUUCCCAUUCCUUUGACUACUGGAUGGCCCAGGGCAACUAUGUUGUUCCCCCGCACCAGAACACCGUAUUCGACAUGCCCCCAGAGCUGUCCAAAGUCCCCAGCCUCAGCGGAUCGCCUGUUUCUUCCACAUAUGACCAGUUUCCCGCCCAAAUACAGCAUGCAUACUAUCCUCAGAUUGUCGACGAGCCCAUGCAGUUUGGAUCGUAUCCCAUGCCAAUGACUCCGUCUGAUUUUGGAUCCGACCACGACAGCCCAUACUGCAGUCCCCGACCAUUGCAACAUGUCGAGCCAACCUUUGGAGCCGUACACACACCCGCCCCAGCUGAGCGAACACACACAACCUCUGGUCGCCGACGAGCUCAAAAUCGUGCUGCCCAGCGCGCUUUCCGUGAGCGAAAAGAAAAGCAUGCACGGGACCUUGAAACCCAACUUUCCAUUCUCAACGAAAAGUACACCAAGCUCGAAGUUUCACACUCUGAGCUGAACGCUGCGUACGAGAAGCUCCGGAAAACCAUUGAGCUGCUCACACAGGACAACGAUGCCGAGGGCGAAGAUGAGGACGGCACUUCCAUACGUCGACGCAGCACAAACUCAGAUACUCUACGAAAACUACUUGAAAUACUGCACGGCGAGUUCAAGAGUACGACACCGGUGAAGACUGAAGCUGUUUCCUGAUCAGCCAGACAUGUCUUUUUCUUCCACCAUCGCUUGUUGCACGACUUCAAUUCUUGUAUACCCCUUCUUCUCGCCACGCUUACACGACGAUUGUUCU